AAUCUCUAUUUACAUUUAACAUAAGAAACCUAUAAUAUAUAUGUUAAAAUGAAAGUCUAAAAUUGAAAUGAUAAAUUAAGAAUUAGAAAUAAUAAUAAGGAAAGAAAUAUAUAUAGAUUUUCAAUAUUUGGUUCAAAUUAAGCAUACGAUCUUACUAAAAAAAAAAAGAAUUCAAAACAUUAUUACUUACAUUAAAAAAAAAGAGUUUAAGGAGAGAAAAAGUGUACCAAUAAUAAGUUUCCAGAGAAUGUGAAUUGAAAAGAUUUUAAGACAAUAAAGAAUUAA